AUGCCUCCAAGAAAAAAUAAAAAUGUUCUUGAAAUUGAAAGAAUUGUUGAUUCAAUCGAUACACCUCUUCAGCAGUUGGUUAGUGACUUGAAAAGAAAUCUAUAUCUGGCUGCAAAGGAAACAGCAAAAUCAGAGACAGACAGAGUUCUGAAACAGAUUCCAAAAGAGUAUCAAGAUAUGCCGAUUGCUGUGUUUCUACAGUCUCCACCAUCAGAUCUUUUUGAAUUUUUAGCUCCGACACUGGGAAAUUUGAAUAACAGAAUGAGUACGUUGAUAGAGGAAAGCAACGAAAUAAGUGACAACGUCAGUGCUAACCCACCGAAUCGUGAUGAGAUAAUUAGUCCUACCGGACAUGUUUUCUCAGUUCCUCCAAUCUUGCAUCCAGAAAAACCAUUCCGUGAGCCACGUGAAGAUGAGGAAAUUGCAUUUUCGAUUAAUGGAACUCCAUUGGUUUUGGAACAAAGUAAAGGGAUCCAGAAGAAAUUUUCUCGGAAGAAGAUUAGUUCAAUUGUGACAGAAAUAAUCGAUGAAAAUGUCGAACCAUCGUGA